AUGGCAGACUUGUUUGAUAGGCUAGGUAGUGCAACAGUGUUCACCAAAAUAGACGUGAAGACGGGUUAUUGGAAAGUUCAGAUUGCGGAGGGUGAUGAACACAAGACAACCUGUGUAACCAGAUAUGGAUCGUACGACUUCCUGGUUAUGCCAUUCGGCUUCACUAAUGCUCCAGCCAUAUUUUGCACCCUGAUGAACCAAGUCUUUCGAGAGUACAUUGACGAAUUCAUAGUGGUCUACUUGGAUUACAUUGUGGUAUAUAGCCAAACAAUGGAAGAACACCUGGAGCACUUGCGGAAGGUCCUAGGCCGAUUGCGGGGGCACGAAUUAUAUGCAAAGCUAUCCAAGUGCUCAUUUGCUCAAAAACGGAUGGACUUUCUCGGACAUGUCAUCGAGGAAGGGCGGAUUAAGAUGGAUCAGCAGAAGAUUUAG